AUGGGAAAAGAAGAUUUUUUCAGCACAAAAAAACUGGAGAAUGACAUAGUACACAGGAAAAAAACGACAACCGGAGAAAAAGUGGAAUGGCUGAAAAUAUCUUGGAUUCAUCUAAGAUAUUCUGAUCCGAAAAAGAUGUAUUUUAAAUACAACUACAAUACGGAUUCUUUCUUUUUGGAAUUGGACCUAAAAAGAAGUAUACGUGGUCGUCCUUCAUCAAACCAUUACAUUGAAAUGGAUUCAUUGUAUCCUGAAGGAAAACCAAUAACAGAAGAGAAAAAGAAAGAUUUGAUGGCCCUGCUAAGUUUUGUGCCACCUAUCCACCACGGUUUUUACAAAGAGUUAAAAACCGAUAAUGAAAGGGACCUGGGACUUGCAGAUGGAGAUCCGGAGGAUGAGCCUAAUGUCCAAAAAGACGUGAAGUGA